GUUGACCUUGACUGUCAUCUUCCCCAAACAAACAGGAGUGAGAAGGUUCCAGAGAAUACUACGUCACUACCGCACACACCCUCUCCUCUUCUAGUCUUCUUCGCCCCCAAUAUCCCUGAACCUUCCCGAACUUCCUCCAACCCCUCCUUAACAACAUCCCUUCAUUUUCUCUCUCAUCCUCCCUCAGAUCUGCGGUUUCGAUUCCCCAAAUCCGAUCUGCAUUCCUCUGAUUUUCAAAUUAGGGUUUUCAAUUUGUCCAGAGAGCGCAGUAAUGGAAGGAGAAGCCGUGUCGGAGAAGCAAACAUCUUCCUACACUUAUUGGGUCAGGGAGUCCACGUCGGAGGCGGUGCCUUUGCCUGUUCCAAAGAUGCUUUCCGCUCAGGAUGUGUCCAACCAGACGUCUCAUGCCCCUACGCUUGGUUCCGUUUGGAAUACGGCUGGAACAUGGGAGGAGAAGAACCUUAACAGAUGGGCAACUGAAAGGAUUAAGGAGUUGCUCGGAUCCGUUGGCUCUCUGGAGUUUACUAAUGGCAAAGCAGAAUUAGCUGAAGUAUCAAAAUGUUCAGGCGAUGCCUAUUUGGUGACUGUUCGUAACAAGAAACGUGUUUGCUAUACUUACGAGUUAACCAUUGAUGUCAAAGGUGAAUGGUUGGUUGGUGGAGAGAAUAAGAAGGUAAAGGGGUAUCUGGAAAUCGCAGAGUUUUCAUAUGGUGAACUAGAUGACUUGGAGGUUACUGUUAAUAUAAAUGGAGGCAGUGAUAUGCCACACAAAGAAAAAUACAGUAUUACCCAGGAUUUGAAGUCAUUCUUGCAACCAUUGCGUGAAAAGCUGUUACAGUUCGAACAGGAACUCAAAGAGAGGUAGAAAGAACUAUGUACCUCUGUAUGUACUCUCACUCAUUUGUGUCUGAAAUUAUAUAACACUAAAAAUGAGUGCUAGAUUCGUUCCACCAAAUGGAAGCUCAGUUUUUUAGGGAUUUCUAGAUUAGAUUUUCUUCAUUUCAUUUUAUGCAGGCUAAAUGCUUGCAUGAAAGAAAAAAUGUGCUUUGUUUCAGACAUUUAUGUUAUUUAUCGAAACACAACUUUCUUCGCA